GAAAGGCCUUUCUCUCUCCUCUCCGAUCCUCACUCUACUUCGCUUCCGCUUGCGUUUCUUAUCCGAGUCGCCGGAGCAAAACCCUUCUUUUACAGUCCAAAGAGAGUAUGCUUCUAAUUCUAUUAACUGAUUGAUAGAAAUCGGAUACGGAAGAAGCACUGAUAGAUCUGAUUUCCUGUACAAGAAGAUGUCGAGAUUCAGAGACAGGACGGAGGAUUUCAAGGAUUAUGUUCGUUAACGAGGGAAGACAAAAUUUAAGUAGCAGUAUCUUGAAUUUGUAAGAUAUGGGCAAAAUCAGUGAAUUACCUGAUGAAUUGUUGGUGAGGAUAUUAUCGUUUGUUCCAACAAAGGUUGCUGUAUCCACUAGCAUUUUGUCUAAGCGAUGGAAAUUUCUUUGGAUGUGGUUGCCUAAACUUGAGUACCGUGAUAGAGAUAGAUCACUGCUUGUACUUGGUGAUUUCAUCGACAAGAAUCUGCCACUACAUAGAGCUCCGGUCCUAGAAAGCUUGUGUCUUGAGUUAUAUGAGUCAAGGGAUCGACGUAUUAAACCUGAAGAUAUCAGACUGUGGGUUGAAAUUGCAGUUUCUCGCCAUGUUCGUGAGCUGGAAAUCUCAUAUUCUUCAGAUGGUAAUGAAAACAUGUUACCUAGCAGCUUGUUUACCUGCGAAUCGCUCGUGAUCUUGAAACUCAGAUACGUGACUCUCAAGGGUGUUUCCUCUAUGGCUUGUCUUUCCUCUUUGAAAACUUUGCUACUCGAAAGUGUGACAUACGCAGAUGAAGAAUCCUUUCAAGUGCUUCUAUCUAUAUGUCCUGUUCUUGAAGAUCUAGAUGUGUGGUUUUGUGAGGAUGAAAAUAUGAAAGAGUUCACUGUUAACGUCCCUUCUUUGCAGAAGUUAUCACUCCAUAUAUCCCAUUGUUGGUCUUUAGAUGGGUAUGAGAUACAUACUCCUUCUUUGGAAUAUCUUAAACUUGAGGAUUGGAAUGAGAGUCCUUGUUUGUUCAAGAAUAUGCCUAAGCUGAAGGAAGCACAUGUCGAUGUUGUAUCCUUUGCUCUCAAAAAUGUUAUUGGAUCAAUCACAUCUGUUAAGCAUCUUACAGUAUGUUCAGAGGAUGUGUAUGGUGAUGGUUUUGUUUUCGACCAGCUUGAACAUCUGGAGCUAUGUGUGUGCAAAGAUGAUUCAUCGAAUCUCCUUGCCCAGUUACUCAAAGAUUCUCCUAACUUACGAGUGUUAGACAUCUCUAUACUAGAUCUACAUGGGGAUUUAAAGACUAAUGAUAUGGUUUGCUGGAAUCAACCGAGUUCUGUUCCUGAAUGCAUGUUCUCGAGUCUGGAAAUUUUCAACUGGUCACAAUACUUUGGGAGACCUCAAGAUAGAGAUAUCGCGGUUUAUAUCUUGAAAAACGGUCGUCUCUUAAAGAGGGCAACAAUCUACGCUAAUACAUUGGAGCAUGAUGUUCCAAACCUUAAGAUGAUCAAGGAGUUGACACUUUCUUCCCGAGCUUCACCCACAUGCGAACUCGUAUUUGUUGAGGGGCUUUGAGACUUGAAAUCAUUACAUGUUUUCUUUCUCAUUUGUAUAAUAGAAUUCUAGUAGUUUCAUCUCUUCUCUUGUGUGUGUGUCCAACAAAGAUCAGAUUCUUCCGAACAUAUGAAUAUGAUCUUUGAGAAAAAGAGAGGCUUGAUU